UUUAACAUUUAUGGUUGUUCAAAAAUUUAUAAUUUGCGCUGCUUAUUUUGUGCAAAUUAGGCCUGUUCUUUUUGUUGAAUUUUUGACAUGGUUCAUCUCUCUUCUUUUCUCUAUAGAGAAAAAUAGAAAAGAGAUAUACCGUGCGAGAAGUUCAGCUGAAAAGGAUAGGCCUAUUAUUUCAUCCAAUUUGCAAGAUGAAGUUUUACAUGAAGUUUCAGCUUUAUCUUAACAAAUUUAAAAAGAGGAGCAUAGCACUGUGUGUCUUACAAAACGAAAUAAAAAUUUAUGUCGCAAAAAGAAUGCAGGUGAAACAGUCCUUUAAUUACAUUAUUUCAAUAUGUACGCCUUUUGCCGCUCUUCCACAGCGGCAAAAGGCGUACAUAUUGAAAGAAUGAAUCACAUCAAUCACAUGACUGCUCAUGUCUGUCAACGUAACAUCAUUAGUAGCCUACAUAGCCUAAUAGAGGCUUUGAUGUAGAGAUCUUUCCCUUUCAUCUGCAAAAUACCUUCUGAGAAGAAGAAGGACAUAAGUUGCGCUUAAGGCCAACUGUUUAUGUUCGUUAACGAUCUGUCACAAUGGAACCUGGGACAAGCAGCUCGACGGAUGAUUACGUGGAGAUAAUACGGAAAUUGCCUCUUUAUUUGAGAUUAGCCUAUGGCACGGGUCAUGUAUUAAAUGACAUCUGCGCUUCCAUGUGGUUCACCUAUUUACUGGUCUUUUUUCACUUGGUACUUGGAUUUGAUCCGACUCUGGCUGGCGUUGUACUUCUCAUCGGCCAAAUAGCAGAUGCCUUAGUCACUCCGUUUGUUGGUUUUCAGUCUGACAUAAAUGACAACUUUUGGUUGUGCAGAUAUGGCAGAAGAAAAACCUGGCAUUUGUUAGGCACUAUUUGCGUACUAUUGGGAUUUCCUUUCAUAUUCUCGCAAUGUCUAGGCUGCGAAAAUGCACAUCAAUACGCACAGCUAGUUUAUUAUGCUGCUUUUGUAGUGAUUUUUCAAUUUGGUUGGGCAGCGGUACAAAUAUCACAUUUGGCCUUAGUCCCAGAGCUUACGCCUGCUGAACACGAGAGAACUGAACUUAUAGCUGUAAGGUUCACAUUUACUGUCUUCUCCAAUGUUCUUGUUUACUGUAUUAUGUGGGGUGUACUACAUGUAACGAGUGAUGAGUAUGAUACUCAGAUCGGACCUAGUGAUAUUCACAAAUUUCAGAAAGUUGUUUUAAUAGGAAUAGUAAUUGGAUUAGUUACAUCUAUUAUAUUUCAUGUUGUUGUUAAAGAAAGUGCUAAUGGCACUGCUAAUGGUAGCUUUAUGCAUAGGAACGCUAGAACAGCAUCAGUAUUAUUGAAAGAUGUCAGAAUGUAUCAAGUAGCAUGUGUCUAUAUGCUUACACGUCUAUUCAUUAAUUUAUGCCAAAUUUAUAUACCUCUGUACUUACAUGAAUCAUUGAAUAUGCCUGCGACAUCUUUGGCUUAUAUACCAUUGACAAUGUAUCUAAGUAGUUUUUUAACGUCUUUAAUCAUAGAGAGGCUCAAUACAAAAUGGGGACGAAAAGUCGCGUAUUCUAUUGGUGCUUUACUUGCGAUAUGUGCCUGUAUUUGGAUACAAUUUGGUAAUGGUGACAUAUAUGUUAAAUAUCAAAUCUAUGUUGUAGCUAUACUACUAGGUUCUGCUGGUGCAAUAAUGUUAGUGACUAGUCUUGGUGUUACUUCCGAUCUAAUAGGAAAAAAUACUGAGAGUGGUGCCUUUGCCUACGGAAUUAUGAGCUUUACAGAUAAGCUUAGUAAUGGUCUGGUGGUUAUGUUAAUUCAGUAUUUAGUAAAACACUGUUCGUCUGGUUAUGCUAGUUAUUACUACAGAGACAUUCUUACAUAUGUCUGUGGAGUAUCCGCAAUAUUUGCUUUACUGAUGAUUUUAUACAUCAAACCAUUCUCACGUACUACUGUUUUUGAUACGUUACGCAACGAUGAUGAUGAAAGUUUCAUAGAAACUCCAAAUGCAGUUGAUGGAAAUUCCUCUUCAAUUCAAUCUCAAGCCAAUAUACAUUGAUGAUAUAAUAAUACUUAAUUUAAUUUGUAAAUUAAGUACUGUUAUAUAUUACUUAGUUCUAAAAAAAAAAUGGAAUGUAAAGACAUUGAUAAUAUUAAAAGAAAAAGAACAAUACUUGCUCUUGUAGGCUGCAAAGCACACUAUCAGCGCUGUUUAUGUUACACUAUUCUUGUUUCACAUCUAAUCAAAUGAACGAUGACGAUAGAAUGACACAAAUAGCGCUGAUAACGUUUUCUCGAACGUUAUGUGAUAUACAGUAU